AUGGCGGUCGCUGAAGAAAUAUGGGUGCAAGCUGAAAAGGUGCUGCAGACGUGGCGGAGGGAUGCUGCCUUCCCAUCAGCAGCAAUCUCGGAAUUUGAGGAGAUCCUGAGGAAAGGCAGAGCUGAGGCUGCCUCAAGAAGCCAGAAAAGGAAAGUAGAGCAGGCGACGGUUCUAGCGCCACCAGCUACCAUUGAUGUGGGCAUUGACUUUGGAAGCACUUUGGAAGACGACACCUUCCCGCCUCCGCUUGAUGCUGCACCAUUUUCUGGGAUGCCCAGCUCUCCCGUUUUGCCUGGCCCACCCGGACCGGAGCCCUCCGCAAAAAAAGCUCGAACGUCCCGCUGGGGCAAACCUGUCCCGCCCGCUCCCCAACCGCCGCCACAUGCGCCGCCAUCAGCAGGGCCACAGCACGCCAGCAGCAGCCAGACAACACCUGCAGCCGCGCCUCCUCGUCCGACCAAAUUCCGGCCCCCGAUCCAGCCGCCAACAUCAAUGCCCCAACAGCAGCUCAGCUUUGCAGCACCUGGCAGCGUCUCUGGUCAUCUCUCCUCCAGCGGGCCGGCUCUCAAGAAAGCGGCUGCGGCUUCCGGUCAGGCUGUUGACAUGGAGGACGCGCUGCGGCGCGUGCGCGACAUAACAGCCAAGUUCGAGGCGAACGCGCUGCCGCCUAAGCAGAAGACCAAGACGGCUGCCGCACCGGGCGGCGCAGGUGAUCCUAGCGGGCCAGCAGCUGGAAAUCCGGCCGCGGCGUCCAGUCAGCCUGCAGUGAAGGUGGAUGUGGAGGACGCCGUGAGGCGCGUGCAAGAGAUCGCAGCCAAGUUCGCGGCGAACAACGAGAUUGCAGAGUCCCAGCAGAAUCUGGCCAGCGCACAUGCCAACAGUGCUGCAAGUGCCGGCCUGCCGCCGCUGCCGCCUCCCCCGCCCCAGCCGCCCUCUGGUGGGUGGGCAGGCCUGCCAGCCGCGUCUGCUCUGCAGCCCUCUCCAGGCUCCAUCGUGCCAGGACUGCCCAGCCACGCGCCUCCACCACCCCAGCCAGUGCCCACCCCUGGACCUCCCCUGGCAAUCCCCGGGCCGCGCCCACCGCCCGGGUCUCCUCCUCGCCUUGUGAUGGGGCCUCCACAGCCGCCUGUGCACCCAUUCUUCCCUCAGCCGCCGCUGCCUGUGCCGCCACCUGCCCCUCCAGCCGCACCCCAUCCCCAGAUUGUCUGGGCUGGCGCACACAGCGCUGGCCAGCAUCCUACUGCUAGUGUUAAUCCUGGACCGCGCCCGCCGCCUAUUCCACCAUUCCUGCCACCCCAGGAGUUUCCGAGCGCCGCAUCUGGUGCACCCCCACUGCCUCCAGAUGACCCGGGGGCCACCAGCAAGCAGCUGCAGAGCAGCAGUGAUGAGGUGCAGGCUGCCCCACCUCCACCCCCCUCACCACCAAAUGGUGCAGCUGCUGUGAAGGAGGAAGCCGCCGCCGAAGUUGCGCAUGCAGCUCCCAGGGAUUCGACUGUUUCCAGUGAAGCCAAGGCCCAUGUCCCUGGCCUGGAGAAUGGCGCAGACAAGGCCAACGAUGAGGAGUGGUGGACUGCAGUCACUUCCACGCUGCCCAAUUUGGAUGGUGUCAUGUCACCAAGUUGA